AUGUUAUCACCACCCAUCUCCAUCGCUACCAAUCGGUCCAUACCACCGUCACCGUCACCGUCAUCCACCGCCAGACACCAACCUUCACACUCACCGGAAACACUCGCAUCACUAAUCGCCACCACCAAAAACAUCCGCCAACUCCUCCAAAUCCACGCAGCUGCAAUCCGCCAUGGGCAUGAUAACCACCUAAUUCUAAAAUUCAAACUCCAGCGAUCUUACUCUUCAUUUGGACGCCUUGAUUCAUCUCUUGUUCUUUUCGAGCUCACCCACAAUCCCGAUGUGUUCUUCUACACUUCCAUCAUCCACGCUCAUGCCGUCGAUAAUCUCCAUAAGCGAGGACUGCAAUUCUACGUUCAGAUGAUAUCGCAAGAUGUAGAGCCCAAUGAAUUCACAUUAUCUGCUCUCUUAAAGGGUUGUGCUUUAGAACAUGGAAAAACCCUUCAUCCUCACGCAAUUAAACUGGGAUUUGAUUGUAAUAUGCAUGUGAGAACAGCUCUUGUUGAUGUUUACUCAAGAGGUGGGGAUUUGGUCUCUGCCCGCCAACUGUUCGACAAAAUGCCUGAAAGAAGUUUGGUUUCUUUGACUUCCAUGAUCACAGGGUAUGUGAAGAACGGGGAUCUCGAUAACGCACGCGUGUUGUUUGAUGGAAUGCCGGAGAGGGAUGCUGUGUGUUGGAAUGUGAUGAUCGGCGGGUAUGUGAAAUAUGGGAAGCCGACGGAAGCUUUAACCCUAUUUAGGAAAAUGCUCACAAAGAUGAACCCUAAUGAAGUCACCAUUGUUGCGGUUCUAUCUGCUUGUGGGCAGCUUGGAGUUUUGGAAUCAGGGAAAUGGAUUCAUUCGUAUGUGAAAAACAAUAGUAUUCACAUGAAUGUUCAUGUGGGUACUGCUUUAAUCGAUAUGUAUAGCAAAUGUGGUGGUUUGGAUGACGCUCGAAUGGUCUUCGAUCAGCUCAAGAACAAGGACGUUAUCGCUUACAACUCGAUGAUUGCGGCUUAUGCCAUGCACGGAUGUUGCCGAGAAGCUUUGAUUCUGUUUAGCGAUAUGGGUAGGAGGCGUACACGGCCAACGGAUAUCUCGUUCAUCGGAAUCUUGAAUGCUUGUGCUCAUUCGGGUUUGGUUUCUGUCGGAAAGGGUGUUUUUCUUUCGAUGAAAACUAAACACGGGAUCGAACCGUCAAUCGAGCACUACGGAUGUAUGGUGAACCUUCUUGGUCGAGCCGGUUUUCUUGAAACGGCAUACGGGUUCGUCAAGAACAUGAAGGUUGAUCCCGAUCCUGUUAUAUGGGGAACUUUACUCGAUUCUUGUAGCCUCCAUGGAAACGUUCAUUUAGCCGAAGAGAUCGUCAAGUUUUUGGUCGAUCGCAAUCUUGCGAAUUCGGGAACUUAUAUCCUUCUUUCAAACUUAUAUGGUGCCACUUCAAAUUGGGUCGGGGUGGCUCGGAUGCGGACCAUGAUGAAGACCCACGGGGUUCAAAAAGAACCCGGGUGUAGCUCGAUUGAAGUGCGUAACACGGUGCAUGAGUUCGUUGCAGGUGACGUGAAACACCCAAAUAGCAAAGAGAUUUAUAUGAUGCUCGAGGAGAUAAACGGAUGGUUGAAGGGCCAUGGUUAUCGUCCUCGGACCGACAUAGUGUUGCAUGAUGUCGGAAAGACGGAAAGAGAGCGGUCGUUAGCGGUUCAUAGCGAGAGGCUUGCGAUCGCGUUUGGGCUUAUUAGCACCGAGCCAGGAAGUAGUAUAAAGAUUGUGAAGAACCUUAGGGUUUGUUCGGAUUGUCACGAGGUAACGAAACUGAUCUCGAAGAUCACGAGACGUAAAAUCGUGGUUAGAGAUCGUAAUCGGUUUCACCAUUUCACCGAUGGUUCGUGCUCUUGUGGAGAUUAUUGGUGAUAUCCGAUGAAGCUUGAUCAAAUUGUAUUAUUCAAAUAUAUAUCGGUUGAUUUGGAG